AUGAACUUAAAACAAAUAACUUUGCUUCUUACAUACGCAGUAUUCAAAAGUCAUACGUCGCUGUACUUACACAAGCAAGUCGUACACAAGAAGGAUCUCGCCGAGCAUCUGUGCGAUCAUUGCGGAAAGGCAUUCCCGAAUCAAGCGAAACUACGAGGUCAUGUUGCGGCCAUACAUUCCCGCGAGGCGCCGUACCGGUGUGGCUUGUGCGCGGCGCGCUUUAGCUGGCACUCCUGUUUGUCGCGUCACGUGCGCCGAGUGCACCGCAAACGGGACACGGAACAUCACUAG